AUCUGUUUGCUUAUAAUUGAUAAACAAUUGAUCUGUUGCUGAUCAACGGAAUUAUAAACGAGAUCUAGGAUUCGAAGAAAAAAGCGGUUGCUGGGAGAAUUGAAGAAGUGGAUUUGAAUAAAUUGUCGCGUUUUGCAAAGUGCUCGUUCAUAUUUCAGCAUCGAAUCCGUUGUGUGAUGAUGACAGUGCAGUGUUGUGUGCAAUACAAUACAAGCGAGGAUAAGAGUGAUCAUAAACGUUUCAUGAUGAAUCGUAUUGAAUCUCACGGAGCAUCACGAGAUAAUGUCAUCGGUUCAAUCUACCCUCAACAACAAGCAGACGCCAUUUUGCAAAACUGGAAAUCAUCGGCGGCAGGCCCGACUCGAAACAAACAUCGUGACGGGGAAUCAAGGUCGCCGGUCCCGGGCAAACCUUAUCAACCACCCAAUGCCACUAAGUCACUAAAUGAGAUGUCAGCCAUAGAAUGCAUGAAAAAUGCAGUUCAACAAAUGCAGGAAAAAGUUCAAGCUCCAGCGGCAAAAACAACCCAACAUUUAGCUUUGAACGAUACCUACGUAGACGUGACGUCAUUGUCGUCACCAGCCACCCUUGUACGAGAGUCGUUUCGCCAAAACUGGUUGCCGAAAUCACCAACGGUGGACGAACGGUCUUCGUCGCCUGUGUCGUCAGAGGGAAACCCCCCUGCGCACUGUGCGUCAUCAAGCGGCGAAGAUGAGUCGAGAGAAAAGGAUGAAGAAUUGAGAAAGAUCGGAGAAGAAAUGGAAGAAUAUUCGAACGAAUCAAAGAAGAAUGUAAAACCUCCGUAUUCAUACAUCGCUCUUAUAACAAUGUCGAUACUUCAGUCUCCCGAUAAGAAACUUACUCUGAGUGGGAUUUGCGAUUUCAUCAUGAACCGCUUCCCUUAUUACAAAGAGAAGUUCCCUGCUUGGCAGAACUCGAUACGUCAUAACCUUUCACUGAACGACUGCUUCGUGAAAAUUCCACGCGAGCCUGGUAACCCUGGAAAGGGAAAUUACUGGACCAUGGAUCCUGAGGCGGAAGAUAUGUUCGACAAUGGUUCCUUUCUACGAAGAAGAAAACGAUUUAAACGACAACAGAGAGAUCCGUUUCGGGAUAAUGUCCUUGCAGCUUCAAUGAAUGCAGCUAGUCCUUACGGUCGUCCAUACGGUCUUGCAGCAACACAACAAGCAGCUAUCAUGGCAGCAUCAAUGAAUCCAUAUGCUUACAUGAACCCACUGCCUGCACAUAUACCGUUGCUACCUCCGCAUGAAAUCAACAACAGACAAGCUGCUUUGAUGGCUUUUGGAUCAUCAAGGUUACCUCAGAUGACGACGAAUCAUCUUUUUCCAUCUUCCCCACCCUUCCCAUGCAAUCCAACACUGAGCACGGAUGCGAGAAUCCAAGCCGCGAACUUCGCUAACGCUGUUGCUCUUCACUCCGCUAGAGAAUCUGUUAGAGGGCAGCAACAAGCCAAAAAACUUCCCCGUAAUUCUCCUUUCUCCAUCGAAUCCUUGAUCGGAAAGUCCUCUGACUCUGCUCCCACAACAUCCGAACACCACGGCUCCGGAUGUUCUUCUCCUUCCUCCCAAACCUCCGGAAGAGAGAACCCGGUUUCUCCCGUUUCAAAACUCAACCCGGAUUCGGUCCCUGUAUCACUUCGACUCCGAAGUACUCCGGAUCAAAUCGGGAGUCUUUUUUCAGAGAAACAGGAAGACGAGAAGAGCAAGUCCGAUCUUCCUCAACAGAAUCCAACCAGUCGAACCCCCUUACCCCUCCUCACCCAUAUCCCUCAGUGUUACCAUGCUAUAACAGGGGUCCAUUCUACGCCCAACCACCCAACAGUUUCUUCCCCACAGUUCCAACAUUAGACACUCUCGCACAAUUCGCUUCAUUAGCACAACAUCCCGGAUACAACAAACCGCCAUAUCCAUUCCGAUUGUAAACUAUUUUUAUAGGAUGUAAAAUUCCACGUUUUCAUUUCUUUGUUAAAAUUCAAGCUAUCAGUUCAGGGUGAAAUUUUGUGCAGUUCAAAUUUGCAAUUUCACUUUAAACUGAAACGUUACCAUAAAAACUUUAUUUGUCAUGCAUGCAAAUAUCUCCACUGUGCAAUUGCUUCGUUGAGUUUCAUUAAAAGAAAAUUAAAAAUUUCAUAUUGUGUUCAA